AUGGAUCCUGUAAAAGAGAGGUUUCUCACUAUAGAAAAAACCAAGUAUUAUACCAUAGCGAGUCCCGCAGAAGUAAGCUCGCUUUACGGGCAGCUGAAGACUUACUUGGGUUCUGGUGACCAAGCACUUACUGAACUAGAAUAUAUGUCUCUGAUGCGCAUGUUAUUUGACUUAACUGUCUAUAUUGGUAAAGAUGUGGAAGCAGAAGCUCUUUAUAAGACAUUUGCAGACAGAUUGGGCGAAAAUUCACCUCAUCUACAUGUUAUGAAAGCAACUCUGAUUCAGAUUAAUGAUAAAGAUGCCGCGGCCGAGAACUACCUGACAACGCUGUUGAAGGAUUCUUUGGAGUACGAUACUGACGCCCUAGACUACCUACUUGUAAGCAAAAAGCUUUUGAGUAUUAGACGCAAUUCUCUGACGAAGGAGAAAUUCAUUCGUCAGGUAUUGGAUCUAGUGGACAAGUUCCCCUUGGAUGCUGAGUUAUGGUGGUUUCUAGCACAAGAAUAUUUUGGGCUUGGGCAAUUUGAGCAGGCUAGCUAUUGCUUAGAAGAGGUUUUGUGCAUUCAUCCUUUCAACUACGUGGCUUUCGGACAAUUGGGUCAAGUUUUAUAUUACAAGGCCUUGCGUGAUAAGAAAACGAACAAAACAGCGACUUUGGAGGCGUCUUUGAACAACUUCUUGAGAAGUGUAGAGCUUUCUGAAACAUUCUUGAAAGGGUGGUCCUUUAUCGCGAAUAUUUCAAAAGAACUGGGUAAGAAAGAACUUUUGGAACUGGCAAAAGGUAAACUGAUGGAAAUUCAGAAAUCGGACUCUCAAGUUGAUAGUGCGACGGCCAAGUUAAUUCUAGAAAAAUUGUAA